AUGGAGCCGUGGAAGCAAUGCGCGCAGUGGCUCAUCCACUGCAAGGUGCUGCCCGCCAACCACCGGGUGACCUGGGACUCGGCGCAGGUGUUCGACCUGGCCCAGACCCUCCGCGAUGGAGUCCUGCUCUGCCAGCUGCUCAACAACCUCCGGGCGCACUCCAUCAACCUGAAGGAGAUCAACCUGAGGCCGCAGAUGUCCCAGUUUCUCUGUUUGAAGAACAUAAGGACGUUCCUCACGGCCUGUUGUGAGACGUUUGGAAUGAGAAAGAGUGAACUGUUCGAGGCAUUUGACCUGUUUGAUGUCCGUGACUUCGGAAAGGUAAUAGAAACGUUAUCGCGACUUUCUCGCACACCUAUAGCGUUGGCCACAGGAAUCAGGCCCUUCCCAACAGAAGAAAGCAUUAAUGAUGAGGACAUCUACAAAGGCCUGCCUGAUUUAAUAGAUGAAGCCCACGUGGAAGAUGAAGAGGGUCUGUACGACUGUGUGUAUGGGGAGGAUGACGGUGGCGAGGUAUAUGAGGACCUGAUGAAGGCAGAGGAAGCGCCGCAGUCGAAAUGUCCAGAAAAUGAUAUACGAAGUUGCUGCCUAGCAGAAAUUAAGCAGACAGAAGAAAAAUAUACAGAAACACUGGAGUCAAUAGAAAAAUAUUUCAUGUCACCAUUGAAAAGAUUUCUGACAGCAGCAGAAUUUGAUUCAGUAUUCAUCAACAUUCCUGAACUUGUGAAAGUUCAUCGGAACCUAAUGCAAGAGAUUCAUGAUUCCAUUGUGAAUAAAAAUGACCAGAACUUGUAUCAAGUUUUCAUUAACUACAAGGAAAGGUUGGUUAUUUACGGGCAGUACUGCAGUGGAGUGGAGUCGGCCAUCUCUAGUUUAGACUACAUUUCUAAGACAAAAGAAGAUGUCAAACUGAAGUUAGAGGAAUGUUCUAAAAGAGCAAACAAUGGGAAAUUUACUCUUCGAGAUUUGCUUGUGGUUCCUAUGCAGCGUGUUUUGAAGUACCACCUUCUCCUUCAGGAGCUGGUCAAACAUACCACUGAUCCUAUGGAGAAGGCAAAUCUGAAACUGGCUCUUGAUGCAAUGAAGGACUUGGCACAAUAUGUGAAUGAAGUGAAAAGAGAUAAUGAGACCCUUCGUGAAAUUAAACAGUUUCAGCUAUCUAUAGAAAAUUUGAACCAACCCGUUUUGCUUUUUGGACGACCUCAGGGAGAUGGUGAAAUUCGAAUAACCACCCUAGACAAACAUACAAAACAAGAAAGGCAUAUCUUCUUAUUUGAUUUGGCAGUGAUUGUAUGUAAAAGGAAAGGUGAUAACUAUGAAAUGAAGGAAAUAAUAGAUCUUCAGCAGUACAAAAUAGCCAACAAUCCUACAACUGAUAAAGAAAAUAAAAAGUGGUCUUAUGGCUUCUACCUCAUCCAUAUCCAAGGACAAAAUGGGUUAGAAUUUUAUUGCAAAACAAAAGAUUUAAAGAAAAAAUGGCUGGAACAGUUUGAAAUGGCUUUAUCCAACAUAAGGCCAGACUAUGCAGACUCCAACUUCCAUGAGUUCAAGAUGCAUACCUUCAACCGGGUUACAUCCUGCCGAGUCUGCCAGAUGCUCCUGAGGGGGACAUUUUUUCAAGGUUAUUUAUGUGUUAAGUGUGGUGCCAGAGCACACAAAGAAUGUUUGGGAAGAGUAGACAAUUGCAACAGAGUUAAUUCCACUGAACAAGGGACGCUCAAACCAUCCGAGAAACGGACCAAUGGACUCCGAAGAACCCCCAGACCGGUGGAUCCAGGUUUACCAAAGAUGCAGGCUAUUAGGAGCUACAGUGGAACACCGCCCCCCGCUCUUCAUGAAGGACCCCCAUUACACAUUCAGGCAGGGGAUACAGUUGAACUUCUGAGAGGAGAUGCACACAGUCUGUUUUGGCAGGGUAGAAAUUUAACAUCUGGAGAGGUUGGAUUUUUUCCGAGUGAUGCUGUCAAGCCUUGCCCAUGUGUGCCCAAACCAGUAGAUUACUCUUGCCAACCCUGGUAUGCUGGAGCCAUGGAAAGGCUGCAGGCAGAGACUGAACUUAUUAACAGGGUAAACAGUACUUACCUUGUGAGACACAGGACCAGAGAGUCAGGAGAAUACGCAAUUAGCAUUAAGUACAAUAAUGAAGCAAAGCACAUCAAGAUUUUAACAAGAGAUGGCUUUUUUCACAUUGCGGAAAAUAGAAAGUUUAAAAGUUUAAUGGAACUUGUGGAGUACUACAAGCAUCAUUCUCUUAAAGAAGGAUUCAGAACCUUGGAUACAACUCUGCAGUUUCCAUACAAGGAGCCAGAACAUUCAACUGGACAGAGGGGUAAUAGAGCAGGCAUCAGCUCCCCUUCUUUGUUCUGUGGGUUUUCUUUUGUAACUCCACCAGACUACAGCUUUGUCCCCCCUUCUUCCACUCCUUUCUGGUCAGUGUUAAGUCCAAAGGUGCUGGGCAUCGCUAUUGCUCGGUAUGACUUCUGUGCCAGAGAUAUGCGAGAACUGUCCCUGCUGAAAGGAGAUGUGGUGAAGAUUUACACGAAGAUGAGUGCGAACGGCUGGUGGAGAGGAGAAGUAAAUGGCAGGGUGGGCUGGUUUCCAUCCACGUAUGUGGAAGAGGAUGAGUAA